CCAGCACAUGCACCACGUGAACGGCCCACUAAUUAAAAGCAGGUGGUGACGUCUUAAUGAUGUAGGAAUUACUGUUGAAUAGCUAUCAACUGUGCCUUCAGUAUCUUAAUACUAUUAAUCAUAAUUGUGCUGUGCAAAGAGUUUCUAAAAUGAGUAACGACGUCACCAAAAAGAAGGGAAAGGCAACAGGGGAGAAGAAGACAAAGAGAAAAGCAAAGAGAAGAGAAACUUACGCAGUUUAUAUAUAUAAAGUUUUGAAGCAGGUCCAUCCUGAUACCGGCAUCUCUAGUAGGGCAAUGAGCAUCAUGAAUUCUUUUGUCAACGACGUGUUUGAGCGCAUUGCGACUGAAGCAUCUCGACUGACCCAGUACAACAAGCGCUCUACCAUUACCAGCCGGGAGGUACAGACCGCAGUCCGUCUGUUGCUACCGGGAGAGCUGGCGAAGCACGCCGUUUCCGAGGGGACUAAAGCGGUCACCAAAUAUACAAGUUCAAAGUAGAAUGUGCAUUAAAUGCGGCUAAACACUAUUUUGUUUACAGGGUCGACACAUGCAAACAGGCAUCACCGACCAAUAUUAAUGUUUAAGUUGCUGUUUGGUAAAUAAAUGCAGUAAAUGUA